CUCCCUGUCGCGACAUACGGCGACAUUGGGUGACACUGGGUGACACUCGGUGGCACCCCGGGAGCGCUGUCGCUGUGCCGGCCCCGCAGCCUCACGUCCCUUCCGGCCGCGCCUGCGCCCCGCGGGCCAUGGCCACGCCGGCCAAGCGCCGCGCUCCGCAGGACCGGCCCGGCAGCGACUCGGGGUCGGAGUCGGGAUCCGCGGGAUCGGACGGCUCGGAGGGCUCGGACUCGGAGGAGCCGAUCGAUGAGGAAGUGAAUAUUGAAUUUGAAGCACAUUCCAUAUCAGACAAUGACUACAACGGGAUAAAGAAAUUACUGCAACAGUUGUUUCUAAAAGCUACUGUUAACACUGCUGAGCUGACUGAUAUAUUAAUACAACAGAACCAUAUUGGAAGUAUUAUCAAGCAAGCAGAAGUCCAGGAGGACAGUAGUGAUGAUGAUGAUGAUGAUGACGAUGAUGAGGUCUUUGGUUUUAUAAGCUGCCUGAACUUAACAGAAAGGAAGGGUACACAGUGUGCUGAGCAAAUCAAAGAGCUGGUUCUGAGUCGCUGCGAGAAGAGCUGUGACCAACAUGUGGUGGAACAACUGAGUAAACUCCUGAGUGACUGUGCAAAGCCUGUGGGCCUCAUACUCAGUGAAAGAUUCAUCAAUGUUCCACCCCAGAUUGCUCUGCCCAUGCACCAGCAGCUCCAGAAAGAGCUGACUGAGGCACAGAGAACAAACAAACCUUGUGGGAAGUGCCACUAUUAUCUUCUUAUCAGCAAAACCUUCACAGAAGCCACAAAGAGUAAUUCUAAGAGGAGGGAAGGGAGAAAUCAGCAAAAGGAGGAAUUAAUGUUUGCAAAUGCAGAGGAAGAAUUCUUUCAUGAGAAAGCCCUCCUGAAGUUCAACUACUCUGUGCAAGAGGAAAGCGACACCUGCCUGGGUGGCAGAUGGUCCUUUGAUGAUGUACCAAUGAAGCCUUUGAGGACUGUUAUGGUAGUUCCAGCUGAUGGAAUGAAUGCCAUUAUGGAGAAACUCAAAGACUACCUCUCACUCUGAGCUCCCCUGCAAACACCAGGUUUUUGUAAGGCAGCCCUUGCAGAACUCUGACUUGGCAAUAUUUUCCACACGAGACUUGGUGGUAACGGUUUUGUUCCACUCAAAUGCCUCCCCUGUGCUCCUAAAAACAGCCAUCAAAUUAAUAUUUUUAAAAUGUUUCAUCCGAUUUUACUUUGGUAUCGUCAUCAAGCAGUCAAUAAAAUCCCAGUGUCAAAAGAAAA